AUGUCUGCAGAAACCGCUCAAGCUCCUCCCACCACGACCCCUCCUGGUGCUGUCAGUGCACCCUCUGAAACUCCAGCUCCGGACUACAAAUGCGAAACGCUCUACAUCCAGAACCUGAACGAGAAAAUCAAGCCCGAAGUCCUCAAGACAACUCUGCGAGGGCUUUUCAAGACGUACGGACCAGUCCUGGACGUCGUCGCCCACUCCAACUUGCGUAUGCGCGGCCAGGCGUUUGUCUCGUUCGAGUCGGCUGAUAUCGCUGAGAAGGCGAUGCGGGAGGUGCAGAGGUUCCCGUUGUACUCGAAGCCCAUGCAAAUCUCGUUCGCAAAGACCCGAUCGGAUGCGGUGGUCAAGCAGAAGGAUGCAGAGAAUUUCGACAGUCACAAGGCGCGGAGGGAGGAACAUAAGAAAGCGACGCGCUAUACCAACCCCGUCAAAGCCAAGUUCAAAGCUAAACGCCUCGCAGCUGACGUCGACGGUGGAGCAGCCGCACCCGCAGCUAAACGCCAAGCCAUCCAGAUGCCCGACGAGUACCUCCCGCCCAACAAGAUCCUCUUCGUCCAGAACCUCCCCGAGUCUGUCACCAAGGACCAGCUCACCACCUUGUUCUCGCAGUACCCCAACCUCUACGAAGUCCGUCUCAUCCCCACCAAGAAAGACAUUGCCUUCGUCGAGUUUUUGGACGAAGCGAGUUCUGGCGUUGCCAAAGAUGCGCUGCACAACUUCAAGAUCGAUGGCGAGAACAAGAUCAAGAUCACCUUCGCCAGGAAGUAG